AACAUUCUGCCCCUCCACUAUCGUCUACCAACCCUUUCACAUCUCAGACACACAAACCAUCCGAUAGAGCCUCCAUCUUCCGCUCUCACAGAUCUCAGCAACCCGUACCACUGCUACACAUAUGGCCUAUUACCGCCCGUCCAAACAACAAGCGCGCCCAUACGGAUAUGACGAUGACUACGUAGCGCCAGAUCCCAGGAGGUCGUAUGACCCUUACGACGACCGAAAUGCGCCUCCUCCCCGCAAAGUCAGAAGAGAGCCGGCGACAGAUGCGUCACCACCCCGCCGCUACAAGUCACAAAGAAGUCGCCGCCCUCCGAGUCCUGGCAGGCCAGUGUACCCUGACGAUCCUAUGAUGGAUGAUCGAAGAGCCGAAGGCCGUCCCCGUCGCAGAUAUGAGCCGGAGCGCCGUGGGCGAAGUGCAGGGCCUGAUCGACGAAGCCGAGACAUCAGUCCUCCACCCUUCGGACCUCCGCCAGAUUCACCUCGCCGAAAGGCUCGGUCAGCUCGUCCCGAUCGCGAUUCUCACUACCCCGAGCGAGAAUUUCGCCAAUCUUCACGCGAGCCUCGCUCAGGGCGGGAUCGGGACUGGGACCGGGACCGGGAGUUACCCAUCCGUGGAAAGCGAGGCGCACGCCCUGACAGAGACCCUCGAUUCGAGCGUGAUGCUCCACCAGUACAUCCCUACGAUCACGAGGCAUAUACCCGAGAACCUUCACGUACAUACCCCCAUGAUCCUCGAGACCAGCGACGAUCCAAGCACCGGGAUACUGAGCCGGAAUCGCCUCGGCACAAUGGGAGAUCAGUGCCACCGUCACCUCGUUCUAAGUCGCAAGGACGUAGUCGCAAGUCACGAUAUCCAGACUCCGACUCUGACUCGGAAAAUGAUCAUUACGGCGCCAAAUUUGGGGCUGCCGGAGCUGGAGCGGGUGCCGCUGCUGCUGCCAGUCGACGACGCCCGCGGUCUCAGACAAGAGACCGUCGUGGACGAGAUCCUGCUCGAUCCCCAAAUCGCGGUCGGCCUCCGACUUCACAGAAGAAUCGCGGCGCCCCUACUGGACGUCGCAGCUCAAUGCCUGCUAGUACCAAGCCACGCGCUGCGUGGUGGCAGAACCCUAUGGUCCAAGCUGGCGCCCGUACUGCUUUCACAGCUGGUGCUCAAGCUGCGAUGAAGUCUGGUCAUGAAUCUGGUCCCUGGCUCGGUCCCAAGGGCGCCAAAGUUGCAACAGCUGCUCUUGGCGCGGCCUUGGUGGACGGCUUCAUGGGCCAGAAGCAUCCUAACAGUACCAGACAGAAACUGAUGAGGCAGGGUGUUGACCUUGCCUCAGCUCAAACCACAAAGCUUCCUGAGCGCCAUGGCCAUAGCCGAAGAUGAUCACGGCUGACGACACUGCCUUUCUUUCCUCUUCACUGUAUUGAAUACUCAUAUUUCCAAAGUUUGCAAAUUACUUAAAAAUAAUGCUCAAGCAUUGCGGGGGUUGCACAAUCCAGAACACUCAUCGACAGCCACUGGAUUGGCGCAUUUCUAUGGAGUUGAUGAUAGAAUGAUUAUGACAACUGUAUGAUAGUUAUGAGAUACCUUUCUGAAUUUCAAGAAUUGAGAUUUACUUUAUGC